CUACCGUUGCGGUUAAAUGUGGUUAAUGCGGCAGAUAAUUCACAAUGAUCAAACCAUAUUCCGUAUCCCAAUCGCACGCAAUAGAGCCAUAGCUACAUCUGAAAGGAAGAGCUUGUCUAUCUUGUAUUUUCAUUAUUCAUGAGGGUAUCAAUCCAAACAACGAUGACCAAUCAUCGGCAGGAGAUCGAAACUAGUUGUCGCGAGGAAACAACAUCGAAACAACGUCGCCGGGAGACUGAACACAAGAAAUCAAGCAAGAAACUCAAAAAACAAAAGAAACCUUAUUUUCAGAAGAGUUAUCGUCGUGAAACACCGGGCGAUGCUCUAGCACCACGGAUCAAAUUCAAGAGUGUCUUGGCGCAGCCAUUCAGCCUGUGGAAUGAGAUCGAGGAAAUCGUCAGCGAGUUUCUGGUUGAUUUCAGCACCAGUCAAAGAAGCCAUAUCAUAAAAAACCUCAUUCGAUUCCUUGAGCUGAAAGUAAUGAUGGGAGAAUACAAACCAAGCGGUCUCCUUUCCCCGACAGAGGCAGUUGCACAUGUGUGGCAUGUCUUGAUCCUCGAAACGGAAUUGUAUAGAGAUGUAGUGUAUGCGAUUCAAGAUUUCCAUGCUAGACCUCACCGAUUCAUUCACCACGCACUAUUUCGAAAAUAUCAUACGAAUGAAUAUUAUGAUCAACUGGAAAGAACCCAAAGACUAUUCAAGUCGUAUUAUGGAACUGAAAUGCCGGCCGUGCUAUGGAAAGAAGUAGAUAGCCACGGGAACCCAGUUGAUCUGCCAACUUCAGUGAUAGUAGAAGAUACAUCGGUUGUAACUGGGACGAUGGCUGAAACUUUUCCUGAUGAGAAGUCACCGAAAUGGUACGCCCCCUGGCUACCUAGCUGCCACUGUUUUGGAGUCUUCGAAGACGCUCUGUGCGGGAGGAAAGAAAAUCGUAACUAUGAAGAAAUUUAUGUUCAGGGAGAAAACGUGUCUCUCUUGAGCACUCCGCGUGGGCUUGCUUACGAAUGAUGAACUUUGUGAAGUCGUGACACAAAGGAAUCUUUUGCGCAAUAAUCAACGUCGUGUAUUCGUGACACGAAGGAAUGCUUUCCACACCAAUGGACGAAAAGAGUAUUGGGAUCACUGUCUGUCUCAAACCUCGAUGAUGUAACAUCCACUUCAUCUGGUUCUGGAGAUGAACAGUUAAAGGGAAAUCUUGUCAUUUACGUGUGACUUGGUAUGGUGAUACUCAAGAAGAUAAACUAACGAGCGAAACAGUUAGUCCUGGACAAAGAUCUUGGAGCUCCCAAGGCUCCCGAACGAGAUACAUUUGGUCAAAAGUGGAAACGAGUCAGCAUGAGUAAUUUUGGUUGGUGCUACACAAAAUUGCUACCUUGUCGCUUCGAAUUUUUCGAUUAUUGAACACCGUUCAAGAAUGUACGAUACAAAAUUUUAUCAUGAUAAUGUUAAAAUGCGUGCUAGUUGUAAAGAUAGGGAAACAUGUGUUCUGAGUUCUGACUAUCUAUUAGCUAUGUAAUUUCACUUAAUUCCAUGUUGAACGUGCCAAUUGCAUUGCAAUCAUCUCCUUGUGGUUGCCGAUUGUAACCAUUGCUUGGGGCAACAACCCAUAGUCCAGUAAGUGACAAUAUACCUAGGGUUGUGAGCAAUAUUCCUGGUGCACCAAGCCCAAUCUCGUCCAUCAAAAGGGUAGCAACAAGAGGUGACAUGCCUCCUGCAAAAGCUUGUGCUAUAUUGUAUCCAAUAGACACAGACGUCAGGCGAGCUUGAGGCUCGAAUGAUUCAACGAGCCACGCACACAUCGGUGAACCCCACAUUGCUAAGCUUAUACCGAGUCCCAUCUGGGAGAAAAAGGCUAUCCAUAAACUUUUGCUUCCCAUAUUACCAAUUAACAGCACAAAAAUCGGUCCCAAGCAAGCGAACGUUAAACCUCCAGCGGUCAUGACUGAUCGCCGUCCAACAAAAUCGGAUAGAAGUCCCGCUAAUGGGAACCAUAUGCCUAACAUCAAGAUACCAAAAGAGUUAACUAAAAACGCCGAUGGCACCGGAGGGUCGAUCAAAUCUUGCAUAAAAAUCGCCAUCCAAACGAAUGAUACGUAGAAUCCUCCGCUCCACAUCAAUGGUACCAUCGCACUGGCCAGAAGCGAUCGUCGAUUCUCUUGGGAGAAAGCUAAUCUGAGCGGAUUUGAUGGACGUUUGAUCUCUAUGGAUGUAUCCAAUCCCGUUUGCUGCUGUCUCGCAUCGGAAGAUGCUUCAGUGGAGUUCUCGUCUAGAUUUUCGUCCUCUAUCACAAUAUCAAUGAUUUCCUCUUCAACAUCUGUUGUCAGUAUUUCCGGUGAAUCAUCAUGCUGGCAGUCGCUACUCGAGACAACAACAGCAUGGCCAGGUAUACUUUCGUCCUCUGUGCAAACAUAUUUUAGGUACAAGCCACAAAAUGAAAUCAUUAUCCCUGAUAUAAAGGGUAUCCUCCAUCCCCAUUGAAAAAGCUGUUUUUCUGUCAGUGACAGUCUCAGGCCAUAGGCUACGAGGCCCCCCAAAAAAGUACCAAUAUUUGCUGCUCCCAUGACAAAACUGCCAUAUAAUCCCCAUCGAUCUGUCGGACGCCCCUCAAGCGUGAACACUAAAGAGCUCAUCAACUG